AACUUAAAAUCCUUUUGUGUGAGGAUUCUGAGGUGUGGUUGACAAAAUGGGUUACAUCCAACCUCUGUUGAUAGAGAAAGGUUUUGAUUUUCAUUAUAGAUUUAUGGGUUUUUACAUUGAAACAAAUGCAAAAGCAUUACUAUUUAUGAGCAUCCAACCAAUAAAGAAUCUCAGAUUUCAGAGCUUAUAUUGCUGGUGAAAGAAGACGAAACAGUGAAAAAACAAAAACAAUUUCCCUUCAAAAUGGCAAAAUCCCUUUUCCUCUUCUUCUUCCUCUUUUCCAUCAUUUUUCCACUUGUUUUCCUUCAAACCCAUUUCUCAUUUUGCGAUGCCAUUCUUGAUCUUAGAUCUUUUAAGGGUAGUGAAAUGGAUGUAAUGGCAAAAGGGGUUUGCAAUCAGAAGAUCGGUGAGUGUUUGACUGACCCAGAAAUGGAAUCAGAAAUCAGUAGAAGAGUUCUGAUGAUGCAGAAGAAGUAUAUAAGCUAUGAUACACUUAGAAGGGACAUGGUUCCUUGUUCAAGACCAGGUGUUUCGUAUUAUGAAUGUCAUCCUGGUCCAGCAAAUUCCUAUGACAGAGGCUGUGAAGUCAUUACUAGAUGUGCCAGAGAUGUUCAUGACAUAAACACUUGAUGAUGAUAAUGAUGAUGAUGGAUGGAUGGGAUGCCACUGCUUGUUGGCAGCCGUUCAACUUUUGUGCCCAGAAGCAGAUAUCAACUACAGGUUGUUGUUCAUUGAGAUCGUCAAAUCAAGCAAGGAAAUUUAUGUGCUUUUGUAAAAAGUAGUGUUGAAUCUUAUUAUGAUAACUUGAACAGUUGUUGCUAUUAGUAAAUGGGAAUUGCUUUUGAACACCACACAUUGUACCACAGAGCUUCUGGAUCAUAGAGAAGAAUUUGACCAUCUUGCUAAAUUCACAAA